AUGGUUAUAACGCACCGUGCUCAUGAGCUAUCAUGCCGCGUAGCUCCGUGUACGAAGAUUGGACUUGAUGUCCUCCAGCAAGGAGGUAAUGCAGCUGACGCGAUCAUUGCAUCAGGCCUUUGUGUUGGAGUUAUAUCUGCUUACCACUCGGGCAUCGGUGGAGGCGGAUUCAUGUUGGUUAGAUUCAACAAGGAUGAUGGCAGUCACGACUACGAGAUGAUUGACUUUAGAGAAACUAGUCCUGCUGAUGCUCAUAAGUACAUGUUUGUCAACUCCACUGAUGCAAAGGUUUCCGUCGUUGGCGGUCUAUCGGUCGGCGUUCCUGGAGAUUUGCGCGGCUGGGAAAUGCUUCAUCAACGGCAUGGAUCCAUGCCUUGGCAAGAUCUCGUUAUGCCUGCUGUGCACUUGGCGCGCAACGGAUUCGAAGUGGAUGUUGACCUCGCUGCUGCCAUGCACGGACAGGAUUUCAUCAUGCAAAAUGCUGUUUGGGCCGAGACAUACGCUCCCAACGGUACUGUUCUUGUCCAAGGAGAUAUCUGCUAUCGCAAGAGGUUUGCCGAAACCUUGGAAAAAAUUGCUAAAUACGGCGUUGAUGCGUUCUACACGGGCGACAUUGCUCUUAACACUAUUUCGACUCUACGUCAGAACAACGGAAUCAUGACUCUCGAUGAUUUGGCUAGCUAUACUGCAGUCGUCCGACAACCUCAAAAUAUCACGUACCGUAAUACCAGAAUUUUUUCUACUGUAGCUCCGUCCAGUGGCGCUGUAGUGCUUAGUGCGCUAAAGAUAUUUGAGGGGUUAGGUGGCAAUAUUUCGCACAGCGGUCCCUCUAUACAUCUCAAUACGCAUCGACUCAUCGAAGCCACUCGAUUUGCAUAUGGGCAGAGAACGGAAUACGGUGACCCCGCUUUUACCUCAAACGUCUCUCAACUCGAAGCGUAUUUCCUCACCGAGUCUGUCGUGAAUCAAACCCGGAACAAGAUUGUCGAUAACAAGACGUUUCCUGUGACAUACUAUAACCCAGAAAAUUAUCAGGUUGUCAUUGAUAAUGGUACUUCGCAUAUGGCAGUGAUUGAUAAAAAUGGAAUGGCAGUUUCGUUGACCACUACAAUCAACAACUACUGGGGCUCGCAAUUAAUGACCGCCGAUGGAGUCAUUCUCAACGAUGAGAUGGGUGAUUUUUCCUCCCCCGGAUUACUUGAUGACUUCGGAUUCAGCGCUUCACCCGCUAAUUAUAUCGCUGGCAGAAAACGUCCACAGUCUUCCAUCUCUUCCACGAUUGCAGAGGACUUGGAGACUGGGGAUAUAAUUAUCGCGACCGGGAGUGCAGGUGGAAGCAGAAUCAUUACUGCAACUCUCCAACACCUCCACCAUCACAUCGAUCAAGGCCUCAACUCUUCCUCCUGCGUCCACCACCCUCGUUGGCAUGAUCAACUUGACGGUAAUACGUAUUUCGAGUAUGAUUCGGAGACAGUUGGGAUCGCUGGGUAUGAUGAUGCCACUAUGGCGUAUUUUAGAAAGAUUGGGUAUAAUAUUUCGUACAUAAGUACGGAGAGGUCCACGGCGCAUGUUGUUAUCCGUCAACCAAAUGGUACAAUUGAGGCGGCUAAUGAUCCUCGAAAAGCAGCUGGUGCUGGCUUGGCAUAUUGA